UAGUAGUAGUACUUUGUUGGUAUCAUUAUUGCUGGUGGCAUCACUUUCAUCAUGGCUGCCAAUGUCGGAGUGUGGAGGAGGGAAGGCGGCGGCGGUGGCGGCAAGGAAGGAGGACAUUCCAUAUAUCAAAUGCCAAGUCUGUCAAAAACUUGCCAUUCAAUUGUUCCAUCAAGUUCACACCAAACAAUCACAAAUCUCACCCAAGAAGAGAAACAAGAAGCUCAUUGGAUUCUCAAAAUUGAUAUUGUAGAACAAGGGGAUGGAUUGGCGCUUAUUGAACAAGACAUGGAAGGAAAAUGUCAUUCAAAAUGCAAAACCAUUGAACGUGCUUGUCAAGAAGUCAUGGACUAUUGUGAUACUGAUGUAGCAGAGUAUUUGUACAAUAACAACAAUCUCGAGCUUGAUUCUCUAGUAAAUUUUCUCUGCAAAGACCUAUCCAAAGCAUGCAACAAGACGCCGCCACCCCUUCCUAAGGAUAGGGAACCGGGAGAACCUUUCGUUCCUAAACCCGAGGAAGAUGUCGAAAUGGAGAAGAUACUAAGAUCAAUGCAGGGUAUGAGUAUGAAUCCUUGGGGAGCACAGGACAUGAGAAUGUACUCCCCAGAAGAAUUAACACGCUAUGGCAAUGGAGAUGAGGAUUAGAAUUGAUGCACAAUCAAUACUUCCGCAAGGA